GAGGUCUCAAGGUGGACAUGGAGGGGCAGAGUCGGCCCUCCGCUGGACACGCUCUACUGGAGGCCAAAGUGCAGGAGCUGGAGGAACGGAUGCGCAGUGAGGAGAGGGAGAAGGCCAGCAUCCAGGCAUCUCAGAGGAGGAUGGAAAGGAAGCUUAAGGAGGUGAACGCAACACUGGACCAGGAGCGACACAUUCAUGCAGAACAGAGAGAUCAGCUGCUGCUGCGUGUGAAGGCGCUGAAGCGUCAAAUGGACGAGAGUGAGGGGGAGGUGGAGCGUCUGGAGGGGGUGCGCAGGAAGGCCCUCAGGGAGCUGGAGGAGCAGCAGGAGCUGCAGGAGGCCCUGCAGGCCAAGGUGUCCACCCUGGAGGGAGAGCUCAAGAGGAAGGUGCAGCAGUCUCGGCGGCCGACUCUGGGCCCCUCCACUCUCAGCUCAGACGAGGAGGACGGUUACUACGACAACAACAGCAUCUCCUCCAUCCUGACGGAGUCGCAGCUUCAGACCACCAACUGCUAGAGGAGACCAGUGCAGUCUUAACACCUGAUCUACUCCAGGGCAAAGAGACUUAGUGUUCGAAAGACGCUGACUGACGCUGACUACCUGAGACGGCAGGAAAAGACAGAGGGAAGGAAUUUUGAUGGACAGAUUCAAAAAGACAAAACAUAAACAGCUCUUUUUCAAAGUUCAAAGGUGAGAGUCCAAAUGAAAAGGACCUGAAAGUGAAGAUCUGCCAAGUGCUCUUCGUCUCCUUCAGGCAUGCCACACAGCUCAAGUGACGUCUGACCUCUUCGCAUUACACCCAGUUUUCCUCCCAUAAUGCUCUUGGAGUGGACAGAGCAGCGUUACUAUGGUUUCACUCAUGUCUUUGACAGCUCAAGCUUCAGGAGGUUUUUAAGAUUUUCACCAGUCUCAUGUUACAUUUGAUCUGCUGAAAGAGAUUACUGACUUUUGUCUCCUCUUUACUAUGUUGAAGACGGUCCAGGAAGUAGAAUACAUGAUAUAGCUAUGUUUCACUAUUCUAAUUUUAUUUCGAUUAUGUUGCAUGACCUAUCUAUAAGCUUUAAGCACAUGUGGACUUGUUGUAGUCGUCACCGUCAACUAUCAGAAACACUGCAAGGCACUUGAGCCUGAACAUGCAAACAGUACUUUGUUAUGUUCUUUUAUAUAUUUAUAUGUCAUUAUAGGAUGUUUUCCUCUUUACUCUGUAAUUUGUUGACCAAAUAUUCUGAUUCAGAAUGCAAACAUGGUUUCAUCACUCUUUUAUCAACACCUGAGUUCUUGGGAAGCCAGCUUCCUGUGCAUGUCCUAGUUUCCUUCGUUCGUGAGAGACAGAUGGUGUGCUGGGUCGGUAUGUGUGAUGUCUGUUGAAAAGUGACUCCUGUGAUCAAGCAUCUCAUUUGCCUGUUGAAUCCGGCUUGUUUGCUUUUGGUGGUGAAAGGGAAUUUGUGAAGGCUGUUUGAACUAUAAUUACAUCUUAAAGGCUGAUGUUUUACACAUCACCUGAAGAAAUGUUCCUUACAAGACAUCUGUUUUUAUCUUUUAAUAUUGGAAAAAAGUAUUUUUAUUACACUUUGACACAUGUAGGAUACUAUUUAUACUGGGAAAACUAAAUGAAAUCCACAGACACAACUAUUUAGCUAAUUAAAUGAGCUUUUUAAAUAAACAGUUUUAACCAACAGCAGUCAUAUCUAUUUAACAAAUGAAAUGAGCUUUUAAGUAAAAGAUUUUAACCAUUUUAGAGAAUUGUAUAUGUGAGUUUCCAAUACAUGUGGACAUGACUACAUGAUGUACGUAUAAAGAGUAAAGAGUCCUCUACACAUUUAAGCACUGUGCUGGCUGUAAUUUCUCUCUCUCGCUCUCUCUCUCUCUCUCUCUCUCUCUCUCUCUCUCUCUCUCUCUCUCUCUCUCUCUCUCUCUCUCUCUUUCUCUGUACGGGAUGAUUGUAGAGAUUCAUGAGAAGGGUUAAAGGCCAGAAUCAGGCAGCCUGUAAUUUCAUGUUCAGCCUGUGAAGGAAGCACUGUAUGCCACAAUUACAUAUUUUCAGCCUAAAAAUCAGGAGUCUGAAAGCUGGGAUGAGGUUGGGUUGCAAACACUCCUUGUGUAUAUAUGAGAUGUACUUACUUAGUUUUAUUUUGAGAGAUGAUUGUGUGAAUGAUCACGUGAAUGUACAGUGUUGGUACAUAAGAAAUGAAGGAUUUAAUUGUGCUCAUGUGUUGGUGGGCUUACUGUCUUAAUCUCGGACCUGAAGUGAUCCUUAGCCCUUUUUGUCUUUAUCUUUCUGCACCUUUAGGUUACUGUAUACUGUUUGUUAGAACUCUAAAAAUCUACCAGGUUUCCCCACCACCCAAAGUGUGUGUGUGUGCAUUUGUGAACUUACUGCUAUCUAUUUUUUAUAAGAUUCAAAAGCAUAAAAGCAGAAUUUUUCAGAACAGAAUGUUUCACACAGAAUGUUUUAGAAUCCCUUUGGGCUUUUAGCCAUGGAAGCAUUGAACAUACUUCAACCCACAACCCUACUCCAGCCAGCAUUUAGAUUUGGAAACUUUUCUCAAAUGAAUCGUUUUUAUAUUUGUGUGUGCGAGAUCUCAUUCUUCCGCAACAGAAAGAAGAAGAAACAGGCUGAACUGGGUCAGGCCUCUUCCUGUGCCUGUGGGUUGGGGUCUGGCUCUGCUGGGAAUCCAAUUCUUUAGAAUGUCGUUUCACUAUUCACCCAAACCAUCAUCUCAUAUUUCUUUAAAGUCUCAAAUGAUGUGAAAGUGUCUACUUCCUAGUCAUUUGUUCUUCUGUUUUCUGAGACUGUGACUUUUGGGGAGAAAAAAUGUGCAUGUGUAAUGUUUGAAGGAAAUUAUUGUAAAUGUAUCCUCAGCUGUAAGCUUCUUUUCGAUAUCUCAGAAUUAAAUUUUGCACAAGUCUUCUCGCUA